AUGUCGCGACAACCCUCUGGAAAUGUGGGUCGAUCGCAACACUAUCAACUGGUCUCUCCUGGAACUCCAGCUGAUCCUCGUACCAUGAGCCAAAACAACAAAGACCAGUUGAUCCAGUCGCUGCGAACACAUCGCGUCAAUACCAUUACUGAACUACGUCGCAUUGAGAAGAUAUUUGCCUAUCUCGAUUCUGCGGAGGUGACUGAACCCAUGACCACGGCGUGGGCUCAUUAUGUCAACUCUAACAAUCUCCUCAACGAACUGAGAGGUCUCACUCGAACGUACCCAUUCAGUUCAGAAUGCCUUGACGAAGCGAAAUCUUUGGUGGUGCGAGACCCCAACAGCGUUCGCAGCUGGAACUAUUGCUGGUUGGUAUUGGUGAAGAUGGAAAGAGAAAGCCUCGUCACCAAGCAUGCCCGAGCUCUUGCGUCGAAAGCAAGUACAUGGGGUGGGCGCCGGCCUACCGCCGCCGAAUUCGACAAGUUGGUCAAUGCAUGUGUGGCAGAAUGGACCCGUGCACUCAGGCAGAUGCUCAGACAUUGGGACAACCCCCCCAGCACGACUGGAAACUAG